AUGCUGCUGUCCGGUAUCGCGCUGCUGGCCGGCCUUCUGUCUUCGGCCUAUGCCGCAGACAUCCCCAGAGUCCUCGACUGCGACCUAGAUGGAAGAGAAAAAGUGCCUGAAGGGUGCGAGGCGCCCAUUGCACCGGUCGCAGCCGUGGUACCCGGAUCGUCCUACAUCGCGAAGAUAGAAUGCAAGGAUUGCCCUUAUGAGGACCCUGAAGAUCACGAGGUUAUAACUGGUGAUAAUGUGCUUCUUCUCAACGUAACCCUCACGCACGAUAAUCGCACAGUCCUCCUCAACGAUCGCCCGCUAUAUCCCUUACCGACCAUACCCACACCCUCCACCUUCCUCGUUACACGAUAUCGCCAGAACCUCUCCCAUGCGGAACUGUACUGGGGCCUGAACUUCGAAGACCCGUAUUGUCGAGAAAGCUGGAGUGACAGAGGACGAUGGUGCCACGAAGUACCUUUGACGCAUGCCCCGCGAAUGUAUAUCGAUUACCUAUACAUCACGAAUCCAAGCGAUAACCAGGAAGGCGAUGACGCGGAUGCGGAAUACUGGAGCGUUGCGCUGGACGUGAUUGGGAAGUCGCGGUACCCUGACGACCCUCUUUGGAAGUUCAACAACCCGGAGCAGAAGAUGCUGUGGAUGCGCGUCAAAGGAACACCUCUGAGAAGAGGAGACAAAGGAGGCCCAGCCAAAGUCGCCGACCCGUUUGGUCAAUCUACCGCGGACGACCAGAUCUACGAGUACCAAAUCGUCGACAUGCGCCUAGUAGCUCGAGCCUACACCUUUCCCCUCAAGAAGUCUUUGACGAUUUGGGGCACAAUAGGCCACUUCCUUGGCAGCGACGUCUGGGAACUAGAGGGGAGUCGCUUCCUCUACCGCAAAGAAGAAUGGGGAUACUACGGCAAGAAAGGAACGCUUCGCGACAUGUUCGGCGAAUUCGUUCACUGGGAAUGGUGGGGCCUGUUCUGGGUCAUCUUCAGCAGUGUCGUUGGCGGCUUGUUCACCAUCUUCCUCUUAUGGAAGAUGUGUUGGUGGAUCGUUGCGCAGCGCGAGCUCAUGAAGUGGGACGGCAUGGAAGAUGUCUGGGAGAAUAUGAGGAGGGAUAGGGUGGCUGAGGAGGAGGGCGCACUGCUAAAUGCUCACGGCGCGUACCGCGAUGAUCCGGAUGAAGGCAGCUCCUCGAGACCACCAGCAUAUGAGGAUGCAUUGAAGCCGCUGCCGAGUAAACCGCUGCCUGAGAAACCUUUACCGGCGGUACCGUUGAUCGAUGCUUGA